AAGUCUACUCGCGGUUAAUUCAACAGUUGCGUCACUUCUCGACUAGUGAUGCUGUACUUGAUUCUUAUCAAUGUGUGUCUUUUUUUCGGUUGUUACAUUGCUGGAUGUAUACCUAUCUCAUUCAAAAUACCAAUGUCCAAAAUUCGUUUACUGACCGUGUUUGGCGCUGGUCUUCUCCUCGGUGCUGCAUUAGUUGUAGUCAUUCCAGAAGGUGUUGCAGCUAUCUAUCAAUCACAUAGUCAUCCACAUGAUCAGAAGAAUCAUCAGCAUAAUCCUAUUUCACGAAAAUUGCAUGCACUGGAUUCAGGAGCAUUGAAUGCAAAUGAAAACCCCCCACUGUCAGUGAACAAUAAUCCUGAUCAAAAUAAAAAUGAAGAUGUCGAGAAACACAAUUCUUUAAGCCGCAGUGAUAAUGAUAAGAAUCAUGAGCAUACACAUAAUGAUACUAAUAUUCAUCAAAAAAUAGGUCUAGCCUUGUUAUUAGGCUAUUUAUUCAUGUUGCUUAUUGAUCAGUUGAGUUAUACAGUCUUAGAGUUGACCUGUUGUCAAGGUAUUUUAUUUGGUCUGAAGAGAUUGUGUUGUCGUUCAACAAGGUAUAUUCCACUGAUUGAUAAAUCGAGUAGCAGCGCUAGUAAUAGUACUAGUAGUGGAAGUGGCAAUCCUAGUGUCACUAUUACUGUUGGCAAAAAUGCAGCUACUUUGAAUACCAUUAAUGCAACUGUUAAUCCUGCUAGCAAUUUGCUGAAUGAAAAUAGCAAUCAAUCAACAACCACAUCAAGUUCAAUUCAAUCAGCUAAUCAUAAAGGAUUUAUUGUUACGUGUGGUUUAGUGAUACAUUCAUUAGCGGAUGGAUUAGCCAUAGGUUCAGCAUUUGCAUUGAAUCAAUUACAGUUGGAGAUAAUAUUAUUUUUGGCUAUUAUUUUACAUAAGAUACCAGCAGCUUUUGGUUUAUCAUGCUUUCUAUUGCAUGAAGGAUUUCCACGUGAUCGAAUUCGAUUACACAUGAUUGCUUUUUCACUUUCAUCUCCGUUGGCUGCAUUUUUCACUUACUUUUAUUUGUCAGUAUCGUCAACAGCCUUAGUGGAUGAUGAUGUGGUUGUCGCUUCAACAAGAACAGGAUUUGCUCUUCUACUUUCCGGUGGUACAUUUCUCUAUGUAGCUGCUACUCAUAUUUUACCAGAAUUGAUCAGUUCAUCUGGUUGUGGAUCACCUGCUAGUCUCAAUCACCACAAUAAUAAUAACAAUAGCAUAAACAUUGGCAAACAGACAAGACAUACUGAAUCCGAAGAUUUAUCAGGACGUUUAUCUGAUUAUGCUUUAUUCACUGUAGACAGUAGUCAUGAGUCAGUUAUCAUGUAUAAUCAUCCAAAAGCGAAUGAAUAUUUAAAUGCCAUUUCACCUGUGCAUCGACUGAGUGUUAUCGAGAUAAUUGUUUUAAGUGCUGGCACAAUUGUACCCAUCCUUUUGUCGGCAGGUCAUUCUCAUUAAAAAUUGAAUGAAACAAUCCUUCUUAUUAUGCCUUGGUCAAUCGUGCAAGAAAUAACAGUCUUUCGUAGUUACUGUAUUCAUCUGAGAAACAACUACUUCGGGAUACUCGUAGUUCUGCUCUAAUGAUCGAUCUACGGUAUUUUUUACAUUUUCUUUGUACUGUUUAUAUCGACUAAUAUUGUCUAGUUGGGAAUAUUGUUCAUUAUUGUUAAGCUAUCAUAUCAGUUAAACAGUAUCUUGUCAUCAAUUCUGUGAUAUGUAUUUAUGUAUUUUUCUUCUUGGUUGACUGUACUUGGCAUAUAUCUUCAAGCUAUUCCACAUCCUCAAGAUCCUAAAUCAAUCAACUGGUAGUACUCAGUGUACUUGAAUAAUAUUUAUAGUUUUGCAAAAUGGAAAAUACCUCUUUAGUUAGUGUGUUUUUGUGUGUGUAAUUUUUAAAAGAACCUCUCAUUUUAUUCCAUGUGUAUACAUAAGUUAUUUUUCUUUUCGUUUGUUGCUUUACUUUGUCAAUCUUGCUUUCACUUUAUCUUGUAAUAAUUUAUUAUGUGAAGUAAUUUCGUCCCCAUUUUGCGGGGAGUGUAAAAGGCGUGAUUUUUUGUAUACUGGAGGUUUUUUUUCACUGAUUUAAUUGGUAUAUGAAAAAACAGAGUGCCUAAAUGGUGUUUGAAUACAUAUUUAUAUUUUUGUGUGAAUGACAUUCAGUUCUAUUUUCUUUAUAUGUGUGUAUAAACAUGAUGGAUAGGUGGUUUCUUUUAGAAGUA